AUGGCCUCUUGCGAUAACAGCCCCGAGCCUAUUGCCAUCAUAGGAAUGGGUAAGUUAAGACAGUCCUUGCAGCUUCGAGUCUUGUCUGACAAUUGGAUAGCAUGUCGGCUCCCUGGCGAGGUGACUUCACCUUCUAAGCUCUGGGACCUACUAGUUGAAGAAAGAUCUGGCCAAUCUGAUGUCCCAGCUAACCGAUUCAACGUGAAAUCAUGGUAUCAUCCCGAUAAAAUGCGGCCUGGAAGUAUAUCAACACGAGGUGGAUACUUCCUUGGUGAAGAUGACUCGUACCGUCAAUUUGAUCCAUUCUUCUUUGGGAUCAACCCUAAGGAGGCUGCCAGCAUGGAUCCUCAGCAGCGAAAGUUGCUGGAGGUUGUUUAUGAGAGCUUUGAAGCAGCUGGUGCUCGCCUGGAGGACGUCUCCGGCUCAAAGACUGCUUGUUAUGUCGGAAAUUUCACAUGGGAUGUUGGCCAAAUGCAAGCUCGAGAUAUCAACCACGGUGCUCCGUAUCAUAUGACAGGUGGUGGCUUGACGAUAUUAAGCAAUCGAGUCAAUUAUGUGUUCAACCUGAAAGGACCAAGCAUGACAAUUGACACAGCAUGCUCUAGCACAAUGUAUGCUCUGCACUUGGCCUGCCGCAGUCUGCAGGCUGGCGACUGCUCAGCUGCCGUAGUAGCUGGCACCAAUUUGAUUUUUGGAGUCGAGCAGCAAAUUGGCAGCGUACGCCUGGGUGUGCUGUCCCCAACUUCGAUCUGUCAUACAUUUGAUGAGUCCGCAGAUGGAUAUGCGCGUGCCGAGGCUGUUGGCUCUUUGUAUCUGAAGACUUUAUCCCAGGCUAUUGCGGACGGCGAUCCAAUUCGUGCGGUCAUUCGAGGCACAUCUAUUAAUGCCAACGGAAAGAGCCCUGGCAUCAGUCACCCCAGCGCAAAAGAUCAAGAGAUGGUUAUCAGACAGGCAUAUGCGAGCGCAGGCCUGGAUCUGAACCAGACCGGAUACUUCGAGUGCCAUGGCACUGGUACCCCAGUAGGAGAUCCACUGGAGGUUUCGGCCAUUGGAAAUGUUUUUGGGAAUGUGAGAACUACCGAAGAUCCCUUGCUGAUGGGAUCUGUGAAAACAAAUCUGGGCCAUGGAGAGGCAGCCAGUGCGAUCUCCAGUCUGAUCAAAACAGUUCUUUGCUUGGAGAAGGGAGAGAUCCCUGCGACCAUUGGCAUCAAGCGACUGAACCCUGCCCUAAAUUUGCGCGAUGGUCGGUUGCAAAUUGUCCAAAAGCUCUCACCAUGGCCCACUGCACAGUCAUACCGCCGCGCCAGUGUUAACUCAUUUGGCUAUGGUGGUGCCAAUGCACACGCCAUCUUGGAUGCAGUGCAGUCGUAUCUGGGUAAUUUCCACCAGAGCAUCCCAAACUCUCUCCCUGCAUCUGAAGUGGUCUCGUCGAAAAAAUACCUGUUGCUGCCAUUCUCAGCCCACAGCGAGUCAACAUUGGGGAAAAACAUCAAAUCCGUCUCUCUAAACUUCCAAAAGAACCUCCAUCUCCGCGACCUCACGCAUACUCUGAGCUCGCGCCGCAGCAACCACUCCGUGCGAGCGUUUACACUGGUUCCUGGAAACUCGAACACUGAUCAGCUUACCGAUUCUCUGACAUCGGAGAAGCUUACUCUUGGAAACGCUAUGGGAGCUCCUCCAAAGCUUGCGUUCGUCUUCACUGGACAAGGUGCACAGUGGGCACAGAUGGGCUAUGGGCUCGCACAAGAGUUUGCGGUCGUGCGCCGUACACUGCAAGAGCUGGGCCACACCAUAUCCAAGUUGCCUAAUGCCCCUGAAUGGGAUCUUUUGGAAGCUCUGGCCCAGCCAAAGUCAAAAAGUCGCGUCAACGAAGCGGAGCUCUCACAACCUCUCACUACUGCAGUUCAGAUCGCCAUGGUUGAUCUCUUGCGCUCCUGGGGAGUGAAUCCUACAGCCGUCGUCGGCCAUUCUUCUGGAGAGAUCGCUGCCGCUUAUACCGCUGGGCUAGUUUCAGCCAGGGAAGCCAUCAUCAUUGCAUACCAGCGUGGCGCAGCAACUGUGAAGAGUACACAACAUGGUGCUAUGUUGGCUGUUGGACUGGGCCCAGAAGAAGUCUUGAAGGUGAUCGAAGAUAUCCCCGAAAUAGGAAUUGCAUGCUACAAUGCUCCGGAUAGCGUCACCCUCAGCGGUACCGAUGAGGCGAUUGAUGAUGCCCGCGGUCGCUUUUCUCGUGCUGGCGUCUUCAAUCGGAAGCUGAUAACUUCUGGUAACGCCUACCACUCUAAGCUAAUGACCGAGGCUGGAGAACACUAUGAAGAGUCACUCAAGGAGUGCCUACUUCCUAAUGAUCCGCCAUCAGCAGGUCAUCCGUCAAUCACCAUGUUUUCCUCAGUCACCGAAGAAGAGCUUUCAACGGUCGAUCUGGAUUAUUGGAGGAAGAAUCUCGAGUCCCCUGUCCGGUUUGACCAGGCAACUCACCAACUUCUCAAAACGCGCCCGGAGGUAAAUUUGGUGAUCGAGAUUGGCCCGCAUUCGGCUCUGGCUGCACCGCUCAAGGCAAUCCGGACAAGUUUGAGCUAUAGUCCCGAGAGACUGGGCUACCUUUCGGCCCUCAAGCGUAACACCGACUCAGUUGAAUGUCUGCUUAAGCUUGCAGGCUCUCUGUUUUUGUCCGGGUGGCAGGUUGAUCUCGCCACAGUUAAUGCAGACGAGAUAGUCCACCAAGACCACACUGGAGCCGAGACAAUUCGAUACUCGCAUGGCUCCUUCAUCAAAGAUCUGCCAACAUAUCAGUGGACAUACGAUGAAGCGCUACUGUGGAACGAAAGCCGUCUGAGUACUGACAUCCGUUUCCGUGAAUAUCCUCACCACGACCUAUUGGGAAGUAGACUCCCUGGUACGUCGAAUGCUGCACCAGCAUGGCGAAAUCUUGUUAGUUUGGAGAAUGUCCCAUGGCUCAAGGAUCACCGAGUUGGCGAUGACAUUGUCUUCCCAGCCGCUGGAUAUGUUGCUUUGGCUGUCGAGGCAAUCACUCAAAUCCGCGGUUCAGCGGUCGCAGCGACGAAAGACGUAUACACUCUGCGCGACAUGAGCAUUAAAUCCGCAAUGGUCCUCAAAGAAGGCAUCAACACAGAACUCAUGUUCGAUCUUCGGGCUGUUCCCGGUCUAUCUGCCACCUACCAGUUCACGGUGAGCACUUUCUCGCAAGGGACUUGGACUGAACAUGCUACCGGAGCGGUCCAAAUCGACAAUGAAACUACAGACGAUCGAUUGCUCUGGGCUGACCACAGGAAUCUCGGAAGUCGCGGUGGUAUGAACAAAGACAGCUACGAUCGCCGUUGGUACUCUGCCAUGGACAAAGUCGGAUUGGUUUAUGGACCAGGCUUCAAGACUCUGUCUGAUAUUCAUGCAAGCUCCGAUCACCAUCAGGCAACUGCAGAGGUUUCGGGGAGUGCUACUGAAGAUCUUAUGGGUCAACAGUCAAACUACAUUCUUCACCCAACAACCCUCGACGCCUGCCUGCAGCUUUCAAUCAUCGCGGCUCAUCAUGGGAAACCUGAAAGUCUAAAGAAGGUUUACCUUCCUGUCGCUAUCCCGAAAAUGACAAUCUGGCCUCAAAAUAUUGGCGGUGACCUCCCACUGGCAGCAUGUGGGCGAGGAUACCACCGAGGACUUAGAUCAGUUCAGACGUUCAUCGACCUCUCAUCGCCAAGUAACAAAUCAAUUCUUCAUGCGGAAAUCUCGUUCUCGUCACUGGAAACAGCAUCCGAUGAAACGACAAGCAAAAGCCCCCAGCCAUACACUCGAUUGGUCUGGAAACCGGACUUUGAUCGCAUGACAAACGCUGAAGCCAAUGUUCUGUUCCAUGGCACCGAAGAAGACAUUUCGAUCUCCAAGCACUUUUUCUCUGCACUGGAACAGAUUACCAGGCUGGCAAUUCGAAGCAGCGCUGAGAGGCUUCCAAGCGAUCUUCAAACAGAUAACAUGCCUAGCCAUAUGGUCAAAUUCCUGGCGUGGCUGAGAGCAGAGGGACAGGCUCUCUCCAUCAGCGAGGGUCAUGACGGCCUGAACGGAAAGAGUCUCAUUGAAAAAAUUGACUCUAUCGCCCGAGAAGUCGAACAUACUGUUCCUGAGGCCGCUAUGGUAGCUCAGCUCAACUCUCGAAUGCCAGAAAUUCUAUCUGGAACCGUUGGAACACUGGACGUCAUGGUUGAGGACAACCUCCUAUCCAAGAUCUAUGAAGAUGGCUUUGGACAGGUUGGUGCAUACGCCAAGUUGAGUAGCAUUAUGGAGCUCGUGGCGCACAAAGACCCUCGCCUCCGUAUUCUCGAGCUAGGAGCAGGUACUGGCGGUGCGACAAAGCCUAUGCUCCAAGCCCUUCAUGGAGACACUUCGCUGCCAAAAUUCGAAAAAUAUGACUUCACUGAUGUGUCCAAGGCAUUCUUAGGAGUUGCUCAAGAGAAAUUCCAGGGCUAUCGCAACCUUGACUUUGGCAUCCUCGACAUUGAGAAUGACCCUGUUGCCCAGGGCUUUGAAGAGGGAUCAUAUGAUGUUGUCUUCGCUUCGAAUGUCAUUCAUGCAACACGAAAUGUUGCAUCGUCUCUUCGGAACUGCAGAAAACUCCUGAAACCCAACGGCAAGCUUGUAAUCAUCGAGACAACCAAGCAACGACAAGUCACCGGUUACAUGCUUGGGGCUCUGCCUGGAUACUGGCUUGGUGCGGAUGAUGGGCGACCUUCUAGUCCGUUCCUGUCCAAAACCUUAUGGCACCAGCGGCUGCUUGAUGCUGGGCUUUCGGGGGCAGAUAUAGUGCUUGAUGAUUACCCGGAGCCCGCUGAUUGCACUACCCUGAUGAUUUCCCGCAACACCGACGCUUCUACUCACCAAAAUGGUACUAACGGAGUGAACGGGGUCAAUGAACAGAAUGGGUUGAACGGAAUCAAUGAAGCGAACGGCGUCAAUGGAUCUAACGGCCACCACGCCACCAACGGGCAGAAUGGCACCAAUGGCACCAAUGGCCACCAGCAACCCAUGGUCACUCUGAUCUAUCGCAAUAAGCCCCAGCCUUUCCAGGAGAAGAUUGAACAGCAUUAUGCAAAGCUUGGCACAUCGACUCGGUCGAUGGCUUUAGAAGAGGUCCCCACAUCACUUCAGCGUGAUUCUCGAACGAUCAUGCUCGGUGAAUUGGAGGGUCCGCUUAUGGCACGCAUGACUCCAGCCGAGAUGUAUGCUAUGCAACGUUUCACUCAGCUGGCCGCAACCGCUGUCUGGGUAACAAACAUCGAUGUUCUACGUGGCCAGGAUCCGGAGAAGUCUCUGGUCUUUGGAUUAGCAAAAUCCAUCAUGACUGAGCAGCCCUCUUUCCAUAUUUGCAGUGUGGACGUUGAUAUCUUCGAUGGGCAGACUGAUUAUCAGAAUAGUGUCAAGACCAUUGUCGAAACCGAAGCUGCCUUCCACAAGGAUCCUAGCGGUGAGCUUGAUACAGAGUUGGUCGAGAAGGAUGGCUUGGUCUAUAUCAGUCGGUAUGUGACCGAUGAUGCGGAGAAUGCCAAUUUCGAACGCCACUUCACUACCAAGCCAACUACCACAAAACUUGUGGAAAGCAAAACCUCCAAAUAUUCACUUGAUUUUGAGAAGGUUGGCCGCCUGGAUAGCUUCUAUUUCAAGGAGCAGGCCUUGAGGCCACUCGGCGAUCAUGAAGUCCUCCUCGAUGUCCAGAGUGCUCCGUUCGAUAUUCUGUCAAUCCCAGCUCUCAAAGGACAAUCCUCUUCUCCAUGCUUUGGCUUGGAGAUGGUGGGAAUUGUCCGUGCUGCCGGCUCUGAAACAUCAAAGUUGAUGAAAGGAGAUCGAGUAUGCUGCUUCUAUCCUCAUCACUUUGAUACGGCAAUCAUCGUGGAUGAGCGUCACUGUGAAUUACUUUCAGCGUAUGAGCGUUCCGAGGAUCUGAUCAGUCAGAUACACCCUGUCGUCAUGUCCCUGCAUGUGGUGGAAACACUGCUGCGAUUACAUCCAGGCGAUCGGGUUUUGAUCGACUGCCGCCAGGCACAUCUUGCCUACGUCAUCUCCCAGGUUGCUCUUCUGGCUGGCUCCGACAUCCAUGUCACCUUCAGCUCCAAGGCCGGACAAGUUUCACUCCAGCAGCUUGGCGAUGAGGCUAAUUUAGUGGAUCGUCAGGCUGGAUUUGACAACAUGUUGCUUGACAAUUCAUUUGAUGCCAUCCUUACCGACUCGAAGAGUGGCUAUCAGCUGCUCGGUAACUCUAUCAACCAUGGAGGUCGCAUCGUUGUUCUAUCAAAUGGUGUUCCUGGUGAUAUGGCAAGCGCCGCGGUCUCAUUCCUUAACAAGGGUAUCACCAUCGGAGUAUUUGAUCCCAUUGAUGGGUUUGCAACUGCUCCGCUUCAGCACUCCAGGUUAGUCGAGGAAGCAUUAACGUUAUACGCGAAGCUAACGAAUCCAAACAGUCUUCUUGUCAAAGCUCUGGACCUUCUUCGUCGCAAUGCCAUCCGCCCGAUCUUGUCUACGCAAUAUGACUUGUCUGGUUUCGCAGAUGCUGUCGUCCAAGUCUCCCAGGAAGACUUCGUCGGACGAGUGGUUCUGACACGAACACCGAGCACUGUUGUUCCUGUUCAUACAGUAACCGCACCAUUGUGGUUCAACCCCAAUGCUUCAUAUCUCCUGAUUGGUUGCCUAGGUGGACUAGGAAGAAGUCUAGCCACGUGGAUGGCCUCCCGUGGUGCCCGUCACUUCAUUUUCCUUUCGCGAAGCGGUGCCGACAAACCAGAAGCAGCUGCAUUGGUGCAGGAACUGCAAGAACUCACUUGGACCCAGUACCUCGGCUUGACAGUGCAAGUUGUUCGAGGUGAUGUUUCGAUCAGGGAAGAUGUCAAUAGGGCCAUUCUCUCUGCUAAGCACCCCAUCAAAGGAGUGGUCCAGGCCGCGAUGGUACUCAAAGAUACACUGUUUACUGAGAUGACUCUCGGUCAAUUCAACCAAGUCCUGCAUCCUAAGAUGGUGGGCACCAUUAACUUGCAUGAACUUCUUCAAGGGCACGAUCUCGAUUUCUUCGUGAUGACCAGUUCUGUCCUCGGUGCAAUUGGUGCUGCUAUGCAAAGCAACUACUCUGCCGCAAACGCGUACCUUGAUCACAUGGCACGUCAUCGCCAAAGCAUGGGACUACAGGCUACAUCCAUCGCAUUGGGAAUGAUUCUUGACGUUGGACACGUCGAAGAGCAUCCCGAGGUAGAAAAGGCCCUCAAGCGAAAUGGCAUGUACGGAAUCAGCGUUGAUGAGUAUCUCCUCAUGAUGGAGUUUGCCUGCCGCCGCCGUGAUCUUACCAGCAUCUCGAGCGAAGGACCAUUCAAGUAUGACCCCUGCGCAUCUUCCCAUAUUGUUACUGGUAUGGAUCCUACUCGUGUUUCUCGUGCGGGAGGUAAAUCCCUCUGGUUGAAAGACAAUCGACUCCGCAACCUUGUUGCGGCACUGGGUGGUGGAAGUGAUGGGGAUGUACUCAAUGCCGAGCAGUCUGUGGGUGCCAAUACCCGGGAAUUGUUGGAGGCUGCCCGGGCUGAAGGAGGUGAUGUGGCUGUCAAAUCAGCCAUUCUGGGGUUGAUUUUGGCGCGAUUCUCGAAAUUGGUUCUCUUGCCCGUUGAAAAGAUCGACCCAGGCAAAUCCCUAUCCCACUAUGGAAUGGACAGUAUGAUUUCGGCGGAGCUGAAAAGCUGGGCCUGGAAAGAGUUUACUGUUGACUUGCCCUUCUUGGGGUUGUUGGAUCAGGGCCUCACAUUUGAUGCAUUGGCUGAUCAAGUUCUUGUCUUGGCCGACACCAAGUCCGCCUGA